CUGACCAAUCAGAGAUCAUCUUGGAGCCCCAGCAACCAUCGCAAAACGACGCCUCGGAAGCUACGCAGCCCCCCACACCUGAAAUUCCACCUGAAAUUGCGCCGGAAAUUCCGCUACUGGACCAGCCAGUCGACAAGGUUGUCCCUUCUGACGUAUCUGACGUUUACAUCGUCCGCCUCCGCGCCGCCCCGCCAAUCGCGGGAUACACCGGCGGAAUCAACGGGAUUCCGGCCACGGCAGCGGAGGCUGUCAGAGACUCGGUAUCUGACGUCAUCAAUUCAGUGGCCGGCCAGAUUCGCAGGGGGCGUCGCCGAGCGAGUCGCCAAUCGUCGCGACUGAACCUGGGGUCGCCAGCAGUCGCACAGUUCAAGCAGUGGCUCGAUCGGCUGCAGGAUGGAGUUGCGAAUGACGUGCGUCUGCCGCGCGCGAAUGUACUGUACAAAUUCAAACACGUCAGCAAUGCCUUUGUGGCACGUUUGACACCUAAGCAGCUGCAGCAGCUGAAGCGGCAUCCAGCAGUUGCAGAAGUCAAGUCCAACUACCGAAUCAGCAAGCUCACCACCGACUCUGCAAACUUUCUAAACCUGCCCGGGACGCUCUGGACUGCCCGGGGUCGCGAGCGGGCAGGAGAAGGUGUAGUCGUUGGAAUAGUCGACACGGGUAUUUGGCCGGAACACCCUUCAUUCUCCUCGAAUGUUACUCCACCUGAUCUUCCAUACCCUAACCCUCCAUCAACCUGGAGAGGCACCUGUCAGGUGACAUCUGAUUUCAAGUGCAACAGAAAGGUGAUUGGCGCGAAAAUUUUCAGCUCGGGGUUCCGGAUGUGGUUCGGGCAGGAAGACACGACCGCUGAUUGGACGUCGGCUCGGGAUGCAAACGGGCACGGCACCUGGUGUGCAGCAGCGGCAGCAGGCAACAGCUACGUGCCUGUGGUACUAUCUCCCCGCAACAUAAACGUCGGCAACGCCACCGGCAUGGCACCCCGAGCCUUCCUCGCAGCCUACAAGGUCUUCUGGGGCAACUCAGUCACAGGCGGCGGGAUCACUGCCACGUAUGCUGACGUGGAGGCAGCUGUCAACGCGGCUGUCGCUGACGGGGUUGACGUCAUCUCGCUCUCUCUGGGCGGCGCAGACCCCAGUGCCACGUAUUUCAGCGAUCAGACGUAUUUAUACGCGAAUCUGGCCGGCACAGUGGUGGUUUAUGCAGCGGGGAACUCCGGUCCGCCCCCAUUGCACCCCUCCAUGUAUCGAAGCAUCUCCAACUUCUCGCCGUUCUACCUCACUGUUGGCGCCAGCACCGUCGCUCGCAGCUAUGUGUCGGCAGCCACGCUGGGCGACGGGCGGGUGGUGAAGCUGUAUGGGUUUGGCUCGGGGGACGUGCCGGUGCAGGGACUGGGGCUGGUGGAGGGCGCUGCAGCGCGGGCAGCCGGGAAGACUGAGAUUGAGGGUCAAUACUGUGCUGAAGGCGCACUGAACGCCGCCAAGAUUGCAGGGAAGAUCGUUCUGUGCUCGUAUGGGUGGACCAGCAGCAGAAGCAAGGCAGCAGAGGUUGCUGGGAAGGGCGGCAGCGCUGUGAUUGUAGUGGAUGUGCCUGUAACAGCCAGAACGUACCCUAUUUAUGAGGCUCGGCUGCCGGUCAUGGGAGCAGAGGCGAGCGAGACGGGUGUUUUGCGCGCGUACACCCGCACUGCUGCCAGUCCGACUGCAUCCUUCGCCUACACCUUCAAGACAGAUGUAACCAGCGAUCAAGCCCCGGAUGUCGCGUAUUUCUCGUCUGCUGGUCCGCUCGUCAACCCCGCUACUGCAGCCAGCCUCUCUUUCCCCACCAACGACAUCUUAAAGCCCGAUAUAAUCGCUCCCGGCGUUUCUCUAUGGGCCGCUGCGCCGUCCUCGUUCACAGUCGCAAAGGCGUCUCCCAGUUUCCAAUUCGGAAGCCUGACAUGGAAGGACCAGUUUGGCCACGUGGUGCGGUCAGUGCUGGCGGUGCAACCUCUUUCCAAAUAA